UAUCGCCCAUGCAAAAAACGUCAGUCUACCAUCGCCUUCGCGCAAUGUACUCCGCAAAAAUGAGUCACAAAGUGAUAUGUGGUUGUAGUGCUAUUUUCGCUUACCUGUUCGUUUCGUUGUUCUUCCGCAUGUAUCCCACAACCCUCGCAUCAGUGGAGAAUUUCGCAGAUGGCGUCAAUCACAACGAUUGUGCAUGCCGGCAUGAGAAUGUGGUUUACGACUUCUGCUAUCGCCUUCCCACAAACUUAAGCAUCAAAGGUCGACGCUUUGAUUGCAAAUACAUUGCACUUCUUCAAAACCUAAAGCUUCUAUCAAACCAAAGCACCGUCGACUUUCAAAACCAUUACAUGCCUGCCCCCAGGUUCGUGACGGCAAUGUCAGAAAAUCACUACAAAGAAGGUCUCACAUUGAUAGCAAACAUCCGCAAAUUUUGGAAAACGGAGUGGAUUACCGUUUAUGAUUUAGGCCUUGAUAACAAGUCAGCAGCGAAUGUGCAAAGCAAAUGCUUUGUGGAUUUGCGAAAGUUUCCCUUCGAGUUGUAUCCUGACUACGUCGCAAAACUCAAGGAGUACAGAUGGAAACCCAUUUUGAUAGCAAUGACGUUGAAAGAAUUUGGUGCUGUUUGGUACAUGGAUGCUUCCGUACGAUGGUUCAAAGACGACCGAGAUGUAUUUUACAAAGAAGUUACAUGUAGCAGAUCGGGACUACUAGAGAGAUCUAACAAGACGAGUUCCUCCAAACACUGUGCGAAAUCAAGCUACUUGAUCGUCGGUCCAACUAUACACAGCACGUACGCGACCACACAUUUUGGGCUUUACAAUUACCUUCCUACGAACACGGAGGAACUGAAGAAGAACUACUGUUAUGCUGCUACUUUCGCUUUCGCGGUCAGAACUGCAGAUACUGUCGAGCUAAUGAAGUGGGACGUAUUAUGUGCACUUGAGAAGGAUUGUAUGGCACCUCCUGGAGCACAGCUCAAGUGCUCUUUCAAAAAAGACAAGCACAGGAAGUACGCAAACUGCCACAGAUAUGAUCAGUCGGUAAUCAACAUUCUUCUGGCGAACUUAUAUGACCACAAUCCAGAAGGCUACGUUGUGAAGACCAGUGCCAUCAAAUUUCAUAGAUGGGCAGCCAAGAAUAUCUCAGAAGACAACUUCAAAUGUGAUUGAAUUGUGUUUUUCGCUCAUCUCUCCUUCCCUGUCCCGAAUGCGUUAUCUAUUAAAUUGAGUAAAUGAGUGAAAUUUUGCGAAAUACUUGAUCUGACUAGCC